UCACGUUUUUACCAAAAUAGGGUCCUGAAAUUUCAUAGGUUAUGGGAUAGGUUGCAUUUAAGCGAUGGAGAAGUCACAAGGUAGGCAUCGGAAACAUGUUUGGUGAAUGCCCAAUCAUGAUAAUCAUUUAGUUUGAUUUGGACCCGGUUUUUUUUAGCGCAACGGAGUUUUUACUGUUCUAUACCCACUUUUCACUUUCUAAAGAUUUUUCACUUUCCUUUGCACUAAAACUACACUUACUUAGGAAUAAUCUCUAAUUUAAUUAUGUUUGACAAAAGCGAAUGGUUGUUGUGCGCUCCGUUUGAGUAGUGGUUGAUGAAAUAAUACUUCCUCCGGCGCAAUGAUAAAGUCAGACUUCCAUGGAAAGACAUCACCAGGCAAAGGUAUUUUUGUUUCACUCUACUGGCAUCGAUUGCAUUUCUACCAAACCAUCAAGAAGUAAACUGGACCGCUUGAUGACCAUAAAGUUUUUAGGACAGCCCAGACUUAUUUAUACUGUUAUCUCCCUAUAAAAAAUCAACAAUUACCAGUAGACGUUUUGUCGGUUACGUCAGUCUGUGCACCUUAGAAUAUGAGUUAUUUUACUCUUGGUAACUUUAUGGUCAGGUCCAUAUUUUAUUUCUCUCAGGUCUCUUUCUUUCUGGAUUUGGUCUCAACUAUUUUGUUUAACUUGAUAAUAUCAAUUACAACUAAGCAAUUUCAAAGAAAAAUCUAUCGGUUUGUCAGAAAUCACAAAGAAAUAAAUCAAAGCAGAUUUGAAAAGUAUUCUCAAUCAGAAUUAAGCUAAUCCCUAGUGCUGCAAAUUGGAUUGGAACUUCAGAAAAAACUGUUUUUAAGUAGGUUUUUGCUGUCAAAGUGGAGGACAUGGUGGGGCCUGAUAAUAAGUGUGCGCUAUCCUUCACUUUGUUGUGGCACUUAAACUCACACUGUUCCUCUCAUCACACAGGUUCCAGUUGUUUGAAGGCUGAUUAGCAUUAACCUAGGGUUAAAUUUCAAUCCAGGUUUCCUGAUUUCUUUGUUCAAAAGCCUUUAAGUGAAAAUUUUUUUUCAUUCUUUUUAGAACAUCCAAUGAUCAAAUUGCAAGCAAAAAUAUUUGAACUGAAUUUUCUUCUUAAGCUUUUAGACUUGAAAUCAAAUUUCACACUAACCCUGCAUUAUCUUAACCCAGCUUUGAACAACCUGGGUUAGGAGUGUAAGUGGAUACUACCAAACUUUCAAGAAAGCUGGGGAUAACCUGUAAUGGGUGAGCAAUCUCCCAUUUAGGGGGAUUAUCAGAACUCUAACUGCUUUCAUGUUAAUGAAAGUGGCAUAGAGCCACAAGGCUGCUUUAGACUUAGCUUUUCUUCAUACAGAGAUGUCUGUAAAGUUGCAUUAUUUUUCCUGCACAAAAUCAAUUCUUUUGUUGUUAUUUUUGUGGCAGAUUUCAUUAUUGGACGAGACACUAUUCUGGCAGAAUUAGAACCACUGAGUGACCUGCUAGAUUCCCUUCCUCACAAGGCGCAGUUUGGUCCCAAGAAUUUGGUUGGCCAUGUGUGGGACAAAACAAGAGAACAUGGUGUGAAAAAUCUGUUUAAUACAUUGAAAGAGAGAGUGCAGGAGAAUACCAAGUCAAUUCCAAUUGAGUACACAUGUGUGGAUGUAUCAUUUGAUGCUAUUGUGCUUGGUACAAAUAUAGGAGUCAUCUUCUUGUUUGAUCGAACUUGUAAGAAGCUUUCAAGGCUGCCAUCUGAGGUUGGUUUAGUAUUUUGUUUUGUUUUUAAGAGCUAUUUCAGUACCAGUGUCCCUUUAUACCCUAACAUUAGUAUAAAUAUUCACAAUACUGGUACUGACAAGGAGAAAUUGUUUACUUCAUUACUUGGUGAUCUUUCCUUUAUUCUGGUAACCUUAAUGUUCGAUUUAGGAGGGAUUUUGUAAGGAGAAAUUAGAUGUUAGUCUUUCUUUGAGAUCAAAUGGUUCACACAUUUAACAAACAUUUCACUCUUAGAAUAAUUUAUAACUAUAAAUAAAUUAAAUAAUAUAAUUCUUCAAGGCCCAGGGGUCCAUGACUAAAUGAGGCAACAAUUGUUCAUGUAUAUUGGGAGCUGAUGAUAUUUUUAAAGUGGUUGAGGGUAAGGUGGUUGUCUGACAUUAUGCCCCCUAAAUCAAAAAUAGCCAAAAUGGUGUUUGGUGGUUUCUGAGUUAUUUUUAAGAAGUAAGAAUUUUUUUUUUUUGAAGUAGAUGGUUUUGGACUUCAAGGGUUACAAUUGAAACACCUUCAUAUUGAAAGGAGUCAUUGGCAAAGUCCUGACACAGGAUGUUUGAAAGGGCAAUAAAUCCAAGUAGUUAGAUAAGUCUCUCUUGUGGAGUGUGAAGAAGCUGUUUUUGGUAAGGGCAUAAUGUUUCCGAUGCAUGUUUAAUAAUUAUUAUUAUAUAAUAAUGAUAAUAAAAAUAAUAUUAUCUACAAGUCAGAGAACCAAUUCUCUCAGAACUUAUUUCAAUUCUAACAGCCUGAAGUGACUAAGGUUACCAACUCCUUCCUGGUUAAAAUGCCAGUCCAUGGCAAGAUUACCCCCUCAAAUUGCACCAGGUUUGAAUGACAAUUUGCAGCUAUCCAUGAAUGACAUACACAAAUACUCCUGCUUCAUCCCCAGGAAUGUAACAUAAUUACUCAGGUGGAACCUGGACAUUUCAAUGCUUAGUCCAGUGUUAUGACCACCUGGCAACCAUGUCUCCUUCUGUGAUUACACAAAGGGUCUCUAUUGGACAUUUCAAUCUAUUGUAACUUUUCAGGUCACUCAUGAACCAGCCAGAUGUACAAAGCUCUUACCUACACACAGUUACACAGCUGUGGGAUUCAACAGUGGUUUAGUGACAAUUUUCACAUUUGUUCUGGCAUCACAAGGGUUUGGAAAGGUAAUUUUAUGAUUUUAAAAAACAAAACCAAACUUGGCCUCUUGCCAGGUUAGUCAAAAACCAACCCCUUGUAUUUCAUUGGAUUGGGGUGCUUAGCCUUUAAUUUGGUUCCCCAAUUGAAAAUGAUGGUUUGUUUCCAAUGAUUUUUUAUUCUAUACUGUUCUGGUCCAUUAGUCUCGUCCCUUAGAUGAGGUUAAGAUUAUUGAAGAUGAGGCCAUUUCCAGCAGUGUAACCAUGUUUAAUAUUUCAGCAAACUUUCAAGGUGAAACAAGAAUAUGUAUACACCACUAGCACAUGAAAACAUUCCCAGCAUGCCCAAUUAAGGCUGGUAAUGCAAUGUGUGACAGAACGUAUACACUUUCUGUGUGAAUUUAUACUUCUAUGUUCCCACACAGCCUCAGACAAUGCAUGUGAGUGGAGCCCAUAACAGUCCAGUGGCCUGUUUGGAGUGGUCCCCUGAUGGUGAGCUGCUCUACACUGGAGAUGCAUUGGGCACAGUUUUUGUUACAGUUACCAACUUCCAAAAGGUAAUGAUAAUCAGAUAUUUUAAGGUAAAGUCAGUGGAACAAAGUAAUUUGGUAAACGUAAGUUGGCCACUGUUAAGAGUUUCAAAGCUAGUGCUUUGAAUCUUAGCCCUUUGUCAGAGCAUCAGUAGAAGCUUUGGUAAGCAAGAGACUGGCAUCUGGCAUAUUUACUUGCCACAGAGACUGUGUGGGAGAAAAUAAUUGAUAAAUUGUGAAGUUGGCUGUCAAACUUGUGACUCACUCUUUUGGCUCUUAUCUGCCUGUUCUAUAUGGUGACCAGACUCCUAGAGUUAUUGUCAGUAAUAUUUUUAUAUGUGGGUUCUGUGGGAUAUUAAGUUACUCUUAGGGGUGUUGUGGGUAUCUUUGUUUGGAUUUAACAAAUUAUUUUUCCCUCAUCUCCAGGGUUUGACCCAGACAGCCAUGAUGUUCCAAGAAGCAUCUCCCAUUGUUCAGUUGUCUUAUUCAUGGGAAGCGCUUUUGAUUUCAUCCAGGAAAAGAACAGUUCUAUGGAAUUUUGGCAAUGAACAGGUCACUCAGAUUGGGCAGAAGGAAAGGAAAAGGUAAUUAAAGUACAGUUGUAAGAGUUAAGGAAUAAUCACUUCUGAUCUAUGACUCAUUCAUAUCCUUACUUGAGAAUUCCUUAAAACAUAUCACAGUCAAGGGAUCAAAGUGUGCCCUUUUUCAUUAACCCUUUACCUCCCAUGAGUGACCAAGACAGAAUUUCUCCUUACAAUAUCAACACAAUAUCAAGCAGACAAGUGAUGAGAAUAAAGAAAAAUAUCAAUUAGGAGAUUAUAAGUUGAUCCAGUCCCAAAUUCUCCAAACUAACAUCACAAGAACUGUAUGGUAGACAGUAAGGAGAAUUACUGAUGAGAUCUUGGGAGUUAAAGGGUUAAACAUCAUGGAACCAAAAUUAUUGCAAUUGGCAAAGCAGUGUUUUAUCAAGAGAUCCAAAAUUAUGGAUAUAUAGAGUAAAUUAGCCACAUUAAAUGGUUUCUAAGGAUUAGCCCUUGAUCGGAGGAAAGGGUUUCUUUUCCUGACACUCUGGCAUGCUCUGAAAAAAGAUUAACCCUUUAAGUCCCACCAUUGACCUAGACAGAAUUUCUCCUUACAUUAUCAGUAUGAUAUCAAGCAGACAAGUAAUGAGAAUAAAGAAAAAUAUCAAUUAGGGGAUUAUUGGGUGAUCCAAUUCCAUAUUCUCCAAACUAUCAUCACAUAAAUUGUAUGGCAGACAGUAAGGAGAAUUACUCAUGAAAUCUUGGGAGUUAAAGGGUUGAUGCUGGAAGCAUCAGCACUUAAAUCUCUCUCUGGUAGCUAACUUACAUUAUUAGCUCAGUGGAAAAAAAUAAAUUAUCUUGUAAUGCCCUCCAUCAUCGCAGUACCAUAAUUUCUUUAGAAACUCAUCCCCUUUAUACAACUGGAAAAUAUUUGGGUUUGCUCUACCCUGCUCUGCGAUUGGUCCAGAAAACUCUCACCUUUAUCUCGAUCAAUCAGCACUGCACUGUGGGCAGUUUACUUGUUUUUCUCUUUAUUAUUAUAUUUAUUUUUAUGGUUUCAACGACACUCUGUCUAAACACUCUCUUAGGGGGGUAGAAUGAGUUUUUUUUUUCUUGUAACCAAUCAAGAACGUUAUGAUGCAAGGCGAAUGGAAUCUCGUAUUGCAUUUCAAACUCAUUUGGGAAAUUACUCUUAAAAGCUCAAUGUUUUCUCUGGUUUUAGUCCUGGAAAGUUUGGAGCCCUGUUUUACCCUCCAGCUAAAAGAACUGCAGAUGGCAAGUCCAAGGAAUCGCUUGAAAUUUACACCUCGCGGCCAGGGUUGCGACUGUGGACGGCUGAUGUCAAUGGCAAGGUUUCUGCUACGCUGAUGUACAAGGGCUUGACAAACGAAAACCCUCCAGGUAUCACCACGUUAGAUCCCCCACCUCCCUGUUUAACAAAACUCCCAAAGGAUUAUCAAGCGCAGUUUGGCCCCCUGAGACUCUACCACGGGCAGUUCUUUGUCACAUGGGAUGUAUCUCGCCUUUGGGUCCUGGACACGUCUCCUUGUGCUCUGGUGGGUUAUCAUGGUGACCUAGGUGAUAUUGUGGACGUCAGUACAGUAGGGCAUGAGAUCUACGUUUUGCAACGGGGCGGGCAGAGGCAAUUGAUGAAGCUGUCUCUGAUUCCUAAACUGGCCAAUCCUUUGUUGGAUGUCGUAGCGCUGUUGGAGCGCAGCUUCAAGGAAGACGAGGAGGAUGGUUUACAGCCUCACCAAGAAUCUAGCGUUGAACGCAAGGAUCCCAGAUUACCUGAGGGAAUCCCGGAUGGGGUUUGUAUCUGGUUUCAGUAGUGGUAGGCACUUAAGUGAGCUACCCACAACGUGUUACUUGCUGUCUUUAAAAUUCUGUCGUUGUUGCCUUUUAUUUUUGAGUGUCUGAUAUGUCCAAUUUGUUUGAUUUAUUUUAGGGAAACGCUUCAAAGCCUCCUUCGUGUGAAACCGAAUCAAACAAAGUAGAAGCAGAAACAGUUGUAGCAGCAGGACCUGACCCUUUCAAAAAAUACCAAGAGAUAAGGCAUCAAGAAUUUGGGGAAAUUGUGUUCCGGAAAAACAAAAAAUCAAAGAAGAAAGCUAACAAAGGUAUCUUCUUGAAAUUCACGAGCAUAGCUAAUUUGUAAGAAAAGAGUGCAAGGUCGUUGCAGUGCCAUUUUUUACAAGGGACCUUUAGGCGUUUCUUUGGAAGGAGUCGAUGAGAGAAAUAAUUCGUAUAUUUCCAAAGAAUUUCGCGGGUGGCUCUAUGUGAUUACCGUCUUUAAGGACACCAGACCUCAACUUUAGAUGGGAGAAGUGUUCAAUUCCAAAAAGAAACAAAAAUAAUUCGCCGUCGUGGUUCCCUUUCUCAGACCGCGCAAAUUUUAUUGAUUUCAUGUCGCUGUCUUGCAGAGGACGCUCAGGAUGGCUUAGAAAUACAAGAGUUAAAUGCUUUUUUCCCCUUUUGUCGCUCAUUUCCUCUCGUGAGCUGAAGAAAUGUAUUGUGUGCAUUAUGGGUAGAUUUAUGUUCGUUGGAGAUAUUGCUUAUGUAAUCUUCUCCUCUGAUUUCUAUGUGUAGAACCUUUGCGAAAAACAGCGGCCCAGUCUCACGAUGACGUCGAAGAUCAACCAGCAGAAAAUAACACACCAAGCGAACACCCUGACUUACUUCUUCCCCCAGAUUCAGACAAGAACCGCAGUGACGACCUACCCGACUCUGCGUUAAAUAGAUUGUCAAACAUCUCGUCAGAUUUCGACUCUGCCGAGCGGACGAGUGGAGAAAACCAAGACUCAGAGGGAGAGGGCGGAGACAAUUAUACCUCGCCCCAUUUGAUGGUUGUUCACGUUACAAAGGAAGGGGCACAGGAAAAACAUGAAGUCCGCGAAGACGUCAGCUACUCGUCUUGUGUUACACAAGAAGAUUCGAGAUGUCAAAAUGACAGCGUGACCAUUCAGGAUAGUUGCGUGACUAAGGUUGAACUUACUGUUGAACACAAGGGGAACGUGACUUGGUUUGAAAAUGCUGACAAAUGUAGUACUUCUCCAUCUUCUGCUAACAUGUCCGACGAAACACUCUCGCCUGACAACAGUUUAUGUAUGGAUUCUGUAUCUCUGUCAACAAGUACGAUGAUCGAAGACAGUGCUGUAACCGAAGACUCCACACUGAGCCCAGAAGACUCGCUCAGCACUGAUUAUUUGCCGGACAUUUAUUCCAAUACACCUGUCAAUAUUUCUGACGCAACUUUUUCGGAUGCUUCGGUUGAGAAAUCCACACGCUCUAAAACCCGGCUCGGAAACAUGUCCGGCCUCGGAUCCGCUUCGUCGCUGAAAGAAGGAAGUGAUGUUCCAACGGAUUCCGAAGGUACCCCUCCUGUCUACCUUGACCUAGAGGGGGCCGAAGAGCUCAGCGAUACUGCCUCUUGGUCCCGUUAUCUCUCAAGAAGGACCAUGAGCGAUGCCGAAAUAGUGAACCACGAGGAUGCACCUGCUCUUGAAGGGUCAUUUUCCUCCACCGGUUCCGGCUCCUCGCUAUCAAAGUCCCCUGGAUCCACCAAAGAAGGCCUACGCCUCCUCGCAGACAGCUGGGCGGACUACAACCCACCGGGGCAGGGUUACGUUCAGUUUGUAGCUGUUUCAGAUACUCAUAUUUGGUGCAUUACUACUUACGAAAACAUCUUUUACUGCCCUACUCACUACUCUGUUGUGAAUUGGACUCAGCUCGCUGGCUCAGCGAAAAUGAUAGCUGUUAACAACACCGGUGACGUCAUUUGGAGUAUUGAUCGUAAGAACUAUGCGUAUGCGCGUUUAGGGGUCAGCAAGAAUCACUUGACUGGUACGAGGUGGCAACCAGUAGAGAAGGACAUGCGCUAUGUGGCUGUAGACGAAACAGCAGUUUGGGGAAUAAAGGUUAGUGUAUUGAAUAUGUUUGUGAGAUGCUGUGCCCUAUGGUUUGUGCGCUGGUCUCUGGCUUGAGAGGUCUGGGUUCAAGACCUUGCCGGGUCAAUGUAUUGUGUUCUUUGAGCGAAACACUUAACUUUCAAAGUGCCUCUCUGUCUCCACCCAGGAGUAUAGAUGGGUAUCGCCGCAUUGUCAAGGAAGCCUAUGAAAUCCGGGGGGGGGGGAUAACCUUGGUCGAUUGGUGUUUUUAGGUGAGAUUCGCACGUACUUACGUGGAUGGACUUUUGCGUGCUUACAUAACUCAUCUAUACGAGAUGCGGGCUGGGAGAAUUCUCAAAAGUUGAAAAACUUCUCCCAUUCCACCUUCCAGCGUCCUUGUUUAGAUGGGCCCAUUUAUACAUGGAAAUAGUCCUCUGUGGUUAGAUCCAACGCUGAAACAGGAAAUUCACUUUUUCUCUUUUUCAGUUAAAUGGCGACAUUUUUGUGAGGACGAGCAUCUCUAAUAAUUGUCCCACAGGAAAAGGAUGGCGAACGAUUUGUACGGACUCAAGAUUCAUGCAAGUCUCGUGUUUUGAUGGACUGGCUUGGUUUUGGACAGAGGAAACAUCAUCCAUGUCUACAAAGGUGCUUUACUUGAUAAGCAUCUCUCCCAUAACUAAAUAACACUUUUCUUCAACGGAAUUGAGUUUCAAAAAAUUACCAGAUUGUUAGGGAACGACGGAAGUUGGGCGCAAAUAUGUCAUAACUAUUUUGAUUGAAAGCUUAACCUGUCUUGUGUUGUCUUGAUAUUAGCUAUCAAUUACAAAGGAGUAUCAAAUGGUACUCAUUGUACAGUCCAUCCCUCAAGUGGCAAAAUGCAAAAUUUAGUUCGACCUUCCCAUAAAAGAUAAUAACGGCUAUUACCUUUCAAUGCGGUAAGAAGGGCUUACAAUAUUUCGUUCCCUUUCGGGACCAUACAGUGUUUUCGUAGAAAUUCUGAAGGUAAACUAAUAAACGAGGAAAACCUGGAUAGAAAGGAAAAACAGUUAUUACGAAUGGCUCCCUUUAGGCUAAAUCUUGAAGAUGCUUAAAUAGUGGCGUCAAAAACGUUCCCUCUUAUCUCUCUACCCGCAGGAGACAACAGUUCGCGUCCAGGUGAAAAAGAGAACUGGGAGACUCUUAAAGGUAAAUUAAAAUGCGUCUCUAAGUAAAAUAUUAGUUGAGAAAAAAGUUAUUCAAGCAAUUCUCCGAGCAAGUUUCAAUUUUGCUCUCACUCCUUUCCUCCUGUUUUAUUAUAUUUACUACAUCUGCAUUUGUUUUGUUUGUUUGUUUGUUUGUUUGUUUGUUUGUUUGUUGUUGUUGUUGUUGUUGUUGUUGUUGUUGUUGUUGAUGUUUUCUGAUUGUAAUGCGUUCAAAUAUGACGAAUUUUUGGAAUUAGACUUUGGUAGACUGGCCCGCUAAGGUUCGUAUCAGGUAAUCGCGGGUCAGGACAAUUGUCAUAGUUUACAAGAUACUUAAAAGGUAAAAGUAAACAUUGUCAUUAGUGUUUAAAGAUAAUUUUAAAAGAGCUACUAAUUUGUGCCCAUACAGCAAGCACCACCUAGCACAAUAAGCCAGUACUCAAUAUAGUGAUGGUGAACUAAAAUUUGUAAACGGAAAAAGUUGGUGUGAAUCUCCCGUUAGGAAUCGAAAUGCCCAUCCAGAUCUGGAUGCUCGACCAACUGAGUUCCAAACACUCCAUGGUGAGCUGGGCAUUUACUAAGGUGUAUGGGCCAAGUUGACAAAACCAAUUAUUUCAUAGAAUCUAUCGUCUCGUACGUUCACUGAUUUUCAAGCUACCAUAAUUGAUUUUAUGUGGGCGUACCUGUUACUUUCAGAUAUUUCGGCCAAAUGGGUUUGCCUUGGAAUAG